CAAAAAAAAACAUGCAUAGUAAGUCCACUUGCUGAGUUCUUGUGUAGCUUGCCAUCAUGGCCAUCCAAAUCCCUUCACGCCAGCUCUUCAUCGAUGGUGAAUGGAGAGAAACUGUUCUCAAAAAACGGAUUCCGAUCAUUAACCCUGCCACAGAAGAGAUUGUUGGGGAUAUACCGGCAGCCACUGCUGAAGAUGUGGAGAUUGCAGUGGAUGCCGCCCGCAGGGCUUUCUCUAGGAAUGGAGGGAAAGAUUGGGCUUCUACUUCUGGGGCUUUUCGUGCCAAGUUUCUUCGUGCUAUUGCUUCCACGGUAUUGGAAAGGAAGUCUGAACUUGCACUACUAGAACUUGUUGAUACUGGGAAGCCCUUAGUUGAAACAGCAUCUGAUAUGGAUGGUGUUGCUUCGUGUUUCAAUUACUAUGCAGAACUGGCAGAAGCUUUAGAUGCGAAGCAGAAAGCUCCUAUCUCCAUACCAGUGCAAUCGUUCAAAAGUUAUGUCCUUAAGGAGCCCAUUGGUGUCAUUGCACUAAUUACUCCUUGGAACUACCCCCUUUUGAUGGCUGCUUGGAAGAUUGCUCCUGCACUGGCUGCUGGCUGUACUGCUAUACUGAAGCCAUCUGAAUUGGCAUCUGUGACUUGUUUGGAGUUGGCUGAAAUUUGCAGACAAGUAGAUAUUCCUCCCGGUGUCCUUAACAUAGUGACUGGGUUAGGAUCAGAAGCUGGUGCCCCUCUGGCAUCUCAUCCUCAUGUAGACAAGAUAGCAUUCACAGGAAGUACAGCAACAGGUAUCAAGGUCAUGACUGCUGCAGCUCAAACGGUUAAGCCUAUUUCAUUAGAGCUCGGUGGAAAGAGUCCAAUUAUCGUGUUUGAGGAUGGAGACCUUAACAAUGCUGCAGAGUGGACUAUUUACAGCUGCUUUAAGACAAAUGGUCAAAUCUGCAGUGCGACAUCACGUCUCAUUGUUCAUGAAAGCAUUGCAGCAGAUUUCCUAGUAAAACUUAUUGAUUGGAGUAAGAACAUCAAAAUUUCUGAUCCCCUGGAAGAUGGUUGCAGGCUUGGUGCUAUUAUCAGUAAAGGGCAGUACGAGAAGGUAAUGAAUUUCAUUUCAACUGCUAAAAACGAAGGUGCAACCAUUCUCUAUGGAGGUGGCCACCCUCAGCAUUUGAGGAAAGGAUUUUUCAUUGAACCAACCAUCAUAACAGAUGUUAGCACCUCCAUGCAAAUUUGGAGGGAGGAGGUGUUUGGUCCUGUUUUAUGUGUUAAAACAUUUUCUACUGAACAUGAAGCCAUUGCACUAGCAAAUGACACCGAUUAUGGUUUAGGUGCUGCUGUAAUUUCAAAAGAUCUGGAAAGGUGUGAGCGCUUGACCAAGGCUCUUCAGGCAGGGACUGUGUGGAUUAACUGCUCACAGCCCUGCUUUGAUCAAACCGCAUGGGGAGGCAACAAGCGUAGUGGUAUUGGGCGUGAAUUAGGAGAAUGGGGUCUGGACAGCUACUUGAGUAUAAAGCAAGUUACACAUUACAUUUCUAAUGAGCCAUGGGGGUGGUAUUCUCCUCCUCAAAGUAGUGAAGAACUUGAAAGAAGCCAAAAGCAAAACUAGUGUAAGGAAAAAAAAAAAGGAUGUGCUCUACAAAUGAAGCGCAUUUUAUAACUUGUUAGGAAAAAGUUAUGAGUUUUGUCUACAUUGUUAACGUAUAUUAUGUUAUGAACUUUAGGCCCAGCUAGGUUACUUGUAUACACACCUGU